UAUCCGUUUUCUAGCACAAAAAUAAAUGCGGCAGAGGUUUGACUAUAAGGGAUGGUAUAGUGCAGAGUAGCUGUGCAGUGGAAAUAUUGAACGAUCCUACUCAUUCCAAAAGCAAUGAAUUCGUAGAGUGAGUGCAAUGGUUACUUAAAGUUUAUGGGACAAAGAGUUAAGGAACAUUUGGAAAUUUGUUAACGUGAAGCUUUGACUAAGCAGGACAGAUCAGUGUUUGCCAGCCUGAGAGCUGGCAUAGCAUCAGACCUGCGUCCUUCCAUUGUUUAUCAGCCAAAAGAUUUCCAGAAUCUGUUGCCAUCUUGCAGAUGAGAAGACUGCAUGGAUCCUAAUGCAUGAGACCAAUACAAAACACUGGCACCGAAGCUGUAAGCCUCAGUAAAAAAGAUAAAAUUUUCAAACAUCCAGAGAUGUUGAACCAAAGAAAACCAAACUCUAAGCAGAUCUGGCGAGUAUGGAUCUUCUACAUGGCCAUAAGUACAAAUUGCUCUGAAGAAAAAGCCAUGACGCAGGUGUGUCCUUCAUGUGAUGCCACUCGUUUCUGUGACUGUUCUUCAAUGGAUUUGACCACCAUUCCUUCAGGUUUAACAACUGAUGUCAUGGGGCUAAAUCUGUCCUACAACAGCAUAGACCAUGUCAGAGAAACUGAUCUGAAGCUGGGUUUGAAUCUGAGAGUGCUGCUGCUGCAAUCCACUCAAAUUAGGACAAUAGAUAAGGAAUCAUUUAUUUUCCUUGGAAAAUUGGAACAUUUGGAUUUAUCAAAUAAUAAGUUGACUCACUUAUCACCCAUUUGGUUUAGACAUCUUUUUUCCUUACAGCAACUAAACAUACAGGGUAAUUUAUAUACAACACUGGGGGAGAAUCCCUUGUUUUCUAAUCUCAAAAAUUUGAGAUAUCUGCACCUGGGGAAUAACAAUUCCUUUUCUGCUAUACGGAAGCAAGACUUUGAUGGAAUUACAAUUCUUGAGCAACUUGAGAUUGACGGUCAAAGGCUCAGGCAAUAUGAAUCAGGGAGUUUGACAACAGUUAACAGCAUAAAUCAUAUCAUCAUAAACAUAAAUGAUGUUCAGGUGUUAUCAGUGAUGUUAGAGGAUCUUAUAAAUUCUGCAAUAUGUGUAGAACUGAGAAAUAUAGCCUUCAAUACAGCUAAUGAAUCUUCAUUAUUGGAGCCAAUUAGUCAUUCUGUCAUGGAGAAACUUGUGUUUAAAAAUGUUUUGUUUACAGAUGCAAGUGUUAUCAGAGUGUUAAAUAUCUUGAGGCAUGCUAAACAAGUGUUGGAGCUGGAAGUGGAUGAUUCUGUACUACGGGGAACUGGAAAAUGGCAUGGACAAAUUGAAGUAAAUGGAGAAAGUGCCAUUGAAGUAAUCACUGUACAGAGAUUAGCUAUAGAACAAUUUUAUUUGUUUUCAGAUCUUAGUGGUGUGGAAAAUCUUCUAGGUAACAUUACCAGAACCACAGUUAUAAAUACCAAUGUGUUCCUGGUGCCUUGCAACAUUUCAAAACAUUUUUCCUCACUCCUUUAUCUUGAUCUCAGUGAAAAUUUGCUUGCAGAUCCAACUUUAGAACAUUCAUCCUGUGAUGGUGCAUGGCCCUUGCUGCAAACUUUCAAUUUAAGUCAAAAUUCAUUGGAUGAUUUAGAAAUGACGGCACAAAGUCUAUCUCAUCUAAAACACCUUACUCACCUAGAUAUUAGCCGAAACAAUUUUGGUGAGAUUCCGGAAUCGUGUCAAUGGCCAGAAAACCUGAAAUAUUUAAAUAUCUCAGGCACUCAAAUACCCAAAUUAACAACGUGCAUUCCUCAAACUCUUGAAGUUUUGGAUGUUAGUAGUAAUAACCUCGAUGAUUUUAGAUUAAAGCUACCACGGCUCAAAGAGCUCUAUGUUUCAAAAAACAAAUUAAAGACCUUGCCAGAUGCUCCAUUUAUUCCUAACUUAGUAGCCCUGAGAAUCAGCAGAAACAAAUUAACCAGUUUCUCGAAAGAAGAGUUUGGAUCAUUUAGGAAAAUGGAGACACUGGAUGCAGGUGACAAUAAUUUCAUCUGCUCUUGUGAAUUUCUCUCCUUCAUUCAAUAUCAGGAGGGAAUAGCUAAUGUCUUGGCUAACUGGCCAGAGAAUUACAUCUGUGACUCUCCGUCCUCUGUGAGAGGGCAGCAGAUAAAAGCUGCUCGGCUUUCGCUGUUUGAAUGUCACAGAACUUUGGCCGUGUCCUUAAUUUGCAUUCUGGUGGUUUUGGUAAUCCUGCUUAUUGUGAUCCUGGGCUACAAACUUCAUGUGAUCUGGUACAUGAAAAUGACCUGGGCUUGGCUUCAAGCAAAAAGGAAACCCAAGAAAUCACACAAUCAUGACUUCUGCUAUGAUGCUUUUGUUUCCUACAGUGAAAGAGACUCCGAAUGGGUUGAAAACUUAAUGGUACAGGAACUUGAGAACGCUAUCCCCCCAUUUAAACUGUGCCUUCAUAAACGGGACUUUGUGCCUGGGAAGUGGAUCAUUGACAACAUCAUUGACUCCAUUGAAAAAAGUCAUAAAACUCUGUUUGUGCUGUCAGAGCACUUUGUGCAGAGUGAGUGGUGCAAGUAUGAGCUGGAGUUCUCGCACUUCCGUCUCUUUGAUGAGCAUAAUGAUGCAGCAAUUUUGAUCCUUUUGGAGCCCAUUCAGGAGCAAACAAUCCCCAAAAGAUUCUGUAAACUGAGGAAAAUAAUGAACACAAAGACCUACCUUGAAUGGCCUCUUGACGAAAAUCAGCAGCAAAUAUUUUGGAAUAACUUGAAAACAGCAUUAAAAUCCUAUGAUGUCAUUUAAGGCUGAACCACUAACUCAGCCACGCUACAUUUCCAAGCAGGACAUUUGUAAAGCCUUUUUCCUGUUAAGAAAUUGUGAUGGGUUGGAUCACAGAAACCCCCUUGGGAGCUGCCACCUGAUGUGCAAAAGACUACCCCCGCUUCUGUUUUCCCUGCCAGCUCAGGACUCUAGCACCCUGUCUUGCUGAGCCAGACACUCCUGUCUGGCUCCAGACACAGACCAAGGGUCUGAAUCACUUGUCCCAAAGCUGCAAGUGUACCUGAAAACAGCUCACAGAAGUGUGCUUGUCUUUAGCACGCAGAUGCCCAGCUCCCAAUGGGGUCUAAACCCAAAUAAAUCCGUUUUACCCUGCAUAAAGUUUAUGCAGGGCAAACUCAUAAAUUGUUUGCCCUCUAUAAUACUGAUAGAGAGAGAUGCACAGUUGUUUGUUCCCCCAGGUAUUAAUACAUACUCUGAGUAAAUUACUAAAUAAAAAGUGAUUUUAUUAAAUAAAUACAGAAAAUAGGAUUUAGGUGGUUCCAAGUAGUAACAGACAGAACAAAGUAAGUCACCAUAUAAAAUAAAAUGUGCAAAUCUAUGCCUAAUCAAACUGAAUACAGAUAAUCUCACCCUCAGAUUCUUCAGUAAGUUUUUUCUCAGACUGGACACCUUCCAGGCCUGGGCACAAUUUUCUCCCCUGGUACAGCUCUUGUUGCAGCUCAGGUGAUAGCUAGGGGAUUCUUCAUGAUGGCUCCUCUCUCCCCUUUGUUUUCUUCCACCCCUUUAUAUAUCUUUUGCAUAAGGCGGGAACCCUUUGUCCCUCUGGGUUUCCACCCCCCCACUGGAAAAGCACCAGGUUAAAGAUGGAUUCCAGUUCAGGUGACAUGAUCACAUGUCACUGCAAAACUUCAUUACUCACUUGCCAGCACACACAUAUACAGGAAGACUCACAGGUAAAGACAGCCAUCUGCAGACAAUGGGAGUCCUCAAGAUUCCAAACCAUCAUUAAUGGCCUACACUUUACAUAAUUACAAUAGGCCCUCAGAGUUAUAUUUUAUAUUUCUAGUUUUAGAUACAAGAGUGGUACAUUUAUACAAAUCGGAUAAUCACACUCAGUAGAUUAUAAGCUUUGUAAUGAUACCUUACAGGAGACCUUUUGCAUGAAGCAUAUCCCAGUUACGUUAUACUCACUUAUUAUCAUGUUUUUAUAAAACCAUAUAGACUGCACAACGUCACAGAAAUAUUUUGUUAUGCUGACUUUUAUGUCAGUGUUGUGGAGGCUUGACUUGACUUCACACUAAACUAAUUUUAGCUUAGCUAAAUGAAAGAUACCAACUGAGAUCAUCUCUGUCUCUAAAAAUGAUUUGGGGAAGAAAUACUACUGAAUCUGGUGUGCUUCUUUAGUCUCUUUUUAACCAUUCCAAAACAAAUGCAGUUACAGCGCUCUCUCUUUCUCUCUCAUAAAAAAGAGAGCCAACAUGCUGAAACAUGCCACAGGAUCCAUUGAUUACAUCGUCUUAUUUGUUUUAAAUAUCAUCAGACUAUUUAGAGUCAUUCAACAAAAAUGCAGUGGAAAAGUAGAAAUUGCCCAGUUAGAUAAAAAUAAGAUCUCUGAAGCCAGAUCCUCCCACAGGUAAUACCUUUCAAAGAGAAUAGAAUAGAGAAUAUGUAACUCCAGGGGAAUCAGUGAUUUACACCAGGAUUGUUUGUGGCCCAGCAAUUUAAGAAAGAAGCAACUUGACAAAUAUGUCAGAUACUUGGUGUGAAAACUUUGAGAUGCGUCCAAUCUCAAAGGUCACAGGAUCACUAUGUGUACGUUUUAAUGGUCUGUGUACUUUAUUUUUUCUAUGUGUUUAUUAUUUGUUAUUAUAUGCACUGUAAAAGCACUGAAGUCACAGUUCCUGUCCCUAGUAGCUUACCCUAAGAUAUUCAAACAACAGACAAAAUGCUUGUUGGUGAUGUUAAGUAUGCAUCUUUAUUAGGUUUCCUCUCCCUCUUCCCAUGUACCCCAGCCAAUCUGUUCCACUAUUGCUGCCCCAAUGUUACCUUUCUUUCCUUCUACCUACCCCACUAAGGUAUAGGUAUAGUAGAUUCAUGUUUUUUUAUAGUGGGAUUUUUUGCACGGAUGUAACCCACCUAUAUAGUGGUACCACUGCAAACCUCAUGGGUAGACACCACAUUGUUGUAAAAAGUGAGUUUCGCUGACUAGUUUAUUUUGUAUAACUGAGGCACCUCAAAUUAGUAAACAUUAUUGCAAAGAUUGGCCAUAAUCUUUCUGUGCUUUAGUUCCCCAUUUGUAAAAUGGGGACAAUAGUACUAUCUCCCAGAGAAGUUGAAGAUAAAUUCAUUCAUGUUUGUAAGGCACCAAAUACCUUGACGACAAGCACCAUGGAAAAUCCUAUGAGGAAGUGAAUAUUUUUGUAUUCAGUGCAGGGAUUAAAUGGUGUACAGUAAAUUAGGCACGAGGUCUCACCUUGAAUUAGGAGGUAGAAAAGAAAUAUCGAAGAGUUGCUCAUUUGUCGAGCAAUCUUUACUCACUCAUCUCCUAACUUUUAAGUGCUUCACUUCAGAACUUUAAUAAUAUGCUGUUAAUGUAGUCUUUUAUGCAAUUUAUAAAUAUAUUUUAAAAUAUA